CUCUCUCUCUGCCCCUCCCCUUCUCUUGCUCUCUCCCAAGAUAAAUAACUUUAAAAUAGAACUUUACUUUCUGCGAUUUGGAAGCCGAUUUUUGAGCUGCUCUUGGAAAGACAUUGUGGGGAACCUACUUUAAGAACCGCCGAGGCAAUUCGACCCUCCUGUGGCAGGUGGGAAGACCGAGGCCAACAAGGGGCAGGGCUUACCCGGAUCCCACAGGGAGAUGGAGAGAUGGUCAGAUAUGCGGAGGGUGUCAUUGCUCCCGGUCAUUACAAGUGUGUCCUGUUCCCAGGGCAGGAGGAGAAAGACGUCAGGGACAGACACACCCCGGAUCGGCCAAGCGCUCGCCGAAUGCGUGUCUGCGUGUUGUGCGGGCGGCAUUAACGUUCCCUUCUCUUCCCGCAGCGAUGCCCUCCUAGCCAGCCGCCACGGGAUGGAGGGCUUCAUGGACUCAGGGACACAGACGGAUGCCGUGGUGGUGCUGUCCUUGGCUCAGGCCGCCGUGCUGGCCGGUCUCGGAAAUGAGCUCUUUGGAGCCACCAUAAGCGCCGAAGCCUUCUACCCGGCUGGGCCUGAGCUGUCCGGGACGGCCAUUGGGGAGCCCGGGCCCCCGGGCCCCGACAUCUACCAGCUGGCCUGCAACGGGGCCCUGGAGGAGAGGCGGAAGAGGAGGUGGGAGGUGGAGGCGGCCUUCGAGAAGCACACCCGGCGGAACCGGCCGCCUGUGCGGCUGGUGCCCAAGGUCAAGUUCGAGAAGGUGGAGGAGGAGGAGGAGCAGGAGGUCUACGAGGUGUCUGUGCCUGGUGACGACAAGGAUGCAGGCCCAGGGGAGGCCCCUGCCGAGGCGGCCAGUGGCGGCUGCGAGCCCCUGGUGCAGAGCAGCGCCGUCAAGAUGAUCGACCUCAGCGCCUUCAGCCGCAAGCCCCGGACGCUGCGGCACCUGCCCCGAGCCCCGAGGCCGGAGCUGGACGCGGCCCCCUACGACCCCCACUUCCCAGACCCGGCCCGGGACGGCUUCUCCGAAGCCGGCAUGGCGCUGCCGGGGCCGGAGGCCCUGCCCGUGGAGUGUGGCUUCGAGCCCCACCUGGCCCCCCUGAGCGACCCCGAGGCCCCCACCAUGGAAUCCCCGGAGCCCGUGAAGCCGGAGCAGGGCUUCGUGUGGCAGGAGGCGGGCGAGUUCGAGGCCGACUCGGCGGGCUCGACGGUGGAGCGCCACAAGAAGGCCCAGCUGGACCGGCUGGACAUCAACGUGCAGAUCGACGACUCCUAUCUGGUGGAGGCGGGUGACCGCCAGAAGCGCUGGCAGUGCCGCAUGUGCGAGAAGUCCUACACGUCCAAGUACAACUGUGACGCACUCCUGGGGCACAACGGCAUCAAGCCGCACUCGUGCCCGCACUGCAGCAAGCUCUUCAAGCAGCCCAGCCACCUGCCGCACCUGCUGACGCACCAGGGCACCCGGCCCCACAAGUGCCAGGUGUGCCAGAAGGCCUUCACGCAGACCAGCCACCUCAAGCGCCACAUGCUGCUGCACUCCGAGGUCAAGCCGUACAGCUGCCACUUCUGCGGCCGCGGCUUCGCCUACCCCAGCGAGCUCAAGGCCCACGAAGUGAAGCACGAGAGCGGCCGCUGCCACGUCUGCGUCGAGUGCGGCCUGGACUUCUCCACCCUGACCCAGCUCAAGCGCCACCUGGCCUCCCACCAGGGCCCCACCCUCUACCAGUGCCUCGAGUGCGACAAGUCCUUCCACUACCAGCAGCUGCAGAACCACAUGCUCAAGCACCAGAACGUGCGGCCCUUCGUGUGCACGGAGUGCGGCAUGGAGUUCAGCCAGAUCCACCACCUCAAGCAGCACUCCCUCACCCACAAGGGCGUGAAGGAGUUCAAGUGCGAGGUGUGCGGCCGGGAGUUCACCCUGCAGGCAAACAUGAAGCGACACAUGCUGAUCCAUACCAGCGUCCGGCCCUACCAGUGCCACAUCUGCUUCAAGACCUUCGUGCAGAAGCAGACCCUCAAGACGCACAUGAUUGUACACUCGCCUGUGAAGCCAUUCAAAUGCAAGGUGUGUGGGAAGUCCUUCAACCGCAUGUACAACCUGCUGGGCCACAUGCACCUGCACGCGGGCAGCAAGCCCUUCAAGUGCCCCUACUGCUCCAGCAAGUUUAACCUCAAGGGCAACCUGAGCCGGCACAUGAAGGUCAAGCAUGGUGUCAUGGACAUCGGCUGGACAGCCAAGGUGGACCCCAUGAUGGAGCUGACGGGCACGGACCCCUCGGAGCUUGACAGCCAGCAGGAGACGGAAGACUUCGAGAACGCCUAUACGUACGCUGGCGUGCACAGCAGCACCGAGGCCAGUGUCCUCACCGAGCAGGCCAUGAAGGAGAUGGCCUACUACAACGUGCUAUAGCACAAGCCGGGCGCCCACAGGGCGAGGAGGGCUUGGGACGCGGGGGGAGACCCACGUGCCGCGGGCGCACCUCGGCUGAGAAAGCUACUGCCCCGCUGUCCCGAGCCCUCCCCUCCCACGGAGUCGUUUGCACCACUUCGGGACCCGUAGACCAAAUGGAGACUGUACUACUGGCCUCAGCUGUGAACAGGCCCAGGCCCCAGGCAUCUGGGGGAGGAAGGAGAGCACAGGAGGCCCAGCUCUGGGUCUCCUUGGCCUGCUGCUGUGGGAGGGUGGGAGGAAUGCUGAUCGGGGCCGUUGGGGGAUAGGUCACAGGGGCACGGGUCCGUGGGUCUCUCCGGGGGCCCAGCCGAGCUGGGGCAGCCAGUGGGGAGGGGUUUGAUGCGCUUCCUGGCGGCUCCUCCCGGGGUCCCGGCACCGGAGGAAGAGAGAACGUGAGUCUUGCCUUGUUUCUCCUCUGGACCAACUCCUGCCUCUAGGGAUGUUUGAGCUCCUGUGCUGGUCAGCACUGCCCCCCCCCCCCGAUCCCUCAGCCCCUGGGCCGCCAAAAGCCCAGGCCCCAGAGCCCCCCUUCCCCACCUUGUCCAUAAACAGCCAGGCAGGGCCUCUGCCUUCUACCUCCUGGUGCCUCCCGCGCUCUCCUCCAGCCAGGCAUGCAUGCCGCCCCGGUCCUGGCCUUAGGAAAGCAGGGUGUAGCCCAGCCCCCGGCGAAUGCCCGCUCCAGCCAACCCCCAGAAGGCCCCCCUCCAGCCGUUUAAAAGUGGGUGUCCCUAAAGUGGAUUUCAACAAAUGUCAUCCGGUUCUGUGCUGAACUGGUCCCCGCACCAGGGUCCCCCGAUGUGAACAAAGCUGGGAUGUGCCUUUCGCUGGGCACACACUGAGACAGAUGGGGGCCCCCUCGAGUGAGGGGCAGGGCACAGCGAAGGGAUCACGGGGACUGAGAGGGGCUGUCCCCAGAGGAGGCCAAGGACCACCUGGGGGGUGGCUGGAGUAUUUUAUUAUUAACAAGUAUCCAUUUUGAGGGUGGGGACAGCCAAGACUCAACAGGUUCCCAGAAAGAACAACAUAGUUAAAAAGAAAAUGAAGACCAUAGAGAAAAAAAAGUUUUUGAGCAAAAGGGGUAUUUUGAAGGUAAUUUAUUAUUUUUUUUCCUUUCCAACUCUGUCACCUAUUCUUUAUGCUGGAGAUCAUUUUCUUUUUCCUAAUGGAAGCUCCCUUGUGUGCCGUGAGCGCUUCACGCCUCCCCAAGCUCCGGUGGCCCGCCAGGCAGGACUCCGGCGCGGAGGGGGGCUGGCAGGGAGCCUCGGGCCCUGGCGAGAGGCAGGACGCAGAGCUGGGCAGGCCCUCCGCCCUGCCCGGCCUCUCCAGCCAGUGACUCGCUCUGCACCACCCACCUCAGUGGCCAAGGCUGCUCGAUUCUGCUCAGCCGACAGCUCCCUCCCUUGCCUGCCUACUCAUCGCCUCUGUCCCCGCGCCAGCUCCUGCCCUGGGAACCGAAGACAGGCCCAGGGCAUGAAAUAGUACAUUCAGGAAUGCUAGGGCACCCGGACUCCUGCCCACUCGCCUCCUGAGGCCUCAGUGGAGAGGGGCAGGCAGGGCUGUCCCCAAAGGCACGAAGGAGGUGAAGCCACCAACUUCGGCCCGGAAACCAGGAAAGGAGGGGGAACAGCCAGGGUGGGGGGGGGGACCAGUUUGAAAUGCAACUGACUACCCCCAAAGCUGUACCCUUAGUGAAGGACCAAGCCAGGCUUCAGGGUGGCUGUGAUCAGGACUGAGGGGAGGACAAGGUGGCCUCGGGAUCAGGCAGCCAGGUGCCCCUUCCUCUCUGCUUAAGCUCAUGCUAAGGGGCAACAAACGAGAGGACUGGGGGCUCAAAGGAGCCUUUUCCCCUCCAGAACCCCGAGGCCCCCCCGAGCCCCCCAGGUGCCCGCCAUGAUGACCCUCAGGUGGCAGUGACCCCGUCACUGUAGAAGACAUUUUCUCCUGCUGAGCAGAAGCAUCACCCCCUGCAAACUACCUCUUCCCACAAUGUCUUUCUCCCCUGGUACCAAAAGAACCCUGUACCUCCUCCUCCUCCUCCUCCUCUUUCCUGCCAGCGCAGUGGCCUUGGUCUUGGAAACCCAAGGGAGACGGUCUGGCCCCCAGGGCGGGGCUCUCCUUUCCUCCCCCAGCCCUGCCAUCAGCUCGGCCCUCUGCGAGGUUCAAUACUUGAACGCCCCCUGCCCUGUGCCUUGGACCCAGGCAAAGCUAAGAGAAGGAAACAGCACAACUUAAACAAUUUGAGCUGGGGGGUGGUCUCGGCAAGGCUCCUGUCCUCACCCCUCCCCAACCUCUCAAGAGAGGCGUGCGGCCUCUUGGGUGACUUGGAAACUCCUGGACGAAUUCCAUUCUAACUUAUUUUGACGUGUAUACGAACCAACUGUUUAGAAAUUCCACUUGUGCAAAGCCCUACUGUUUUUAUGUUCCGUUUAAGAGAGAAGUUUACUUAGCAAUAAUUAUAAAUAAAUGAAUAUUCUUUA